AUGAUUGCUACUGGUAAAGGUGUUGCAGAUCUGGUCACAAAUAUCCCAAAUGUCUCUCUUGAAAAGCACAACGAACGAAGAAAUCGGAGUGCUCCGAUGCAAGUUGAUUUCACGCUGCCAGCAUUCAAACUCUACGAUUUCGAGGGUCGUCGAAGCAGUGAGCUGGCCAGAUUGAUAUUUAAAGUAGCAAAUGUCCCAUACGAAGACAUUAUUGCUGAUCGCAUGGAACACUGGGAUGCCGUGAAAAACGGUUCUUUAUAA